AUGGCCUUUGCAGCCUCCCUGGCUGACCUCCAAGCAGAGGCCAGUUGCCCCAUCUGCCUGGAUUACCUGAGAGAUCCAGUGACCAUUCACUGUGGGCACAACUUCUGUCUCUUAUGCAUCCACCAGUGCUGGGAAGACCUACAGGACAUCUUCCCCUGUCCCAUCUGCCUCCACCACUGCCCUGACAGGAGCUUCAAGAAGAACCCCCAGUUAGGUCACCUGACUGAAAUUGUUAAGCAGCUUCCCACCACGAGCAGCAAGAGGAAAGGGCAGGAAGAGAAGCCCCUGUGUGAGAAGCACAAUCAGGUUCUGGCCCUGUUCUGUGAGGAGGACCUGGAGCUGUUGUGUCCCCAGUGCAGGGUCUCCUCUGACCACCGGGAUCACCCCCUGACGCCCACUGAACAAGCUGCAGCUAGUCACAGGAGGAAGCUCAGAAGCUACAUCAAGCCCCUGAGGAAGCAGAUUGAAGACGCUGAAUUGGGGCGUGAAAUCCAAGUUUCAAAAUCUCUCACUGAAGUUCAGUGGAAGAUGAAAAAAUGGAGGAGAGAGUUAUGCUCUGAAUUUGAAGAACUUAACGAUUUCCUGAGAAAGGAGCAAGUUGCAAUUCAUGGCAGGCUGCUUAUGCAAGAGAAGGAUGUUGAGGAAAAACUAACCCAAUACAUAAGCCAAAUUUCAAACCACACGUCCAGGCUACAAAAUCUGUUAAGUGAAAUAACAGAGAAAUGUUCCCAGGGAGACCUGGAGUUCCUGACAGGCAUUGAAAGUAUCCACAACAGGUAUGAACACCUAAAAUGCCCAGCCGUCUUUUCCUAUGAAUUAAAGAAAGAGAGUUGCAAUUUCCCGCCACAUUAUUUUGGCCUGCAAAACAUGAUGAGCACGUUUCAGGUAGAUUUGACGUUAGAUCCUGAAACUGCCCAUCCCAAUCUUAUUAUCUCAAAAGACAGAAAAAGUGUGAUAUAUAGAACAACAGAAGCAAACUGUCUUGACCACCAUGAAGCAUUUACUUAUUACCCAGCUGUCCUGAGUUGUGAGGGAUUUGAUGCUGGCAGGCAUUUCUGGCAGGUAGAAUUAAGAGGCACAGGUGAAUGGUCCUUAGGUGUGUGUAAAAAUUUCCGCAGCAACGCUCACAUUCCACCACGCCCAAAGGAUGGAUGGGGGCAAUUUCAGCGGUGCACUAGGACAUGGGGUACACAGCACACGGGACAAGCCGUGCGGAUAGGUGUCUUUCUGGAUUAUGAGUUGGGAGAAGUUUCAUAUUAUAAUUGGAAUAGCAGGUCAUAUUUGUAUACACUCACUGAUACGUUUACAGGAAAACUUAUGCCUUAUUUCUCUAUUGGGCCUUCUUCAAAAUCUCUUACAAUCAGUAUGGUCCUAGACGAACGAUGA